AUGGCGACCCCUGUGGAAGGGAGCGUCGAGCUGGUCGAGCAGGAGGCGGACCCAGUGUGUCCGCGGUCACGCUCAGGUGUUCCGGGCGAAAUAUCUGUCGAGGCUCUCUCUACGGCGGCGAAUGUGUUGGAGAGUCGCCCAAGCGAAGACGACGAGCUCGGCGCGGCUGCUGCGGGGAUCCUAUGCGACGAUCGAGAGUCUCUGGAAGGGAAGGAAAGUCUCGUGCCUCCCGUGACGGGUUCGGAGGCCGCCGCGGCACUGCAGCCCCGUCCCUUCAACCUCAAUCGCUACGUGCUCCUGGUGGUGUACAUUCUGUACACCUUUGCGUCGGCGCGGGUGCUGUUUGGAUGGCCGAGCUUGUCUUCGAUGCUGUUUCGCGCGGGGGCCUUCGAGUGGCUGUGCCGAGACGAGCCAUCGGUCACAGACAAGCGGUAUCUGUGUCGUGCGCAGGACAGCGCCGUCCAGCUGUUGUUCACCGUCGGCGUGGCGGUCGCCUUUUGCUUUUCGCUCGCCGCAGGCCUCCUGAUGGAUUUCCAGGGCCCGAAGGUGUGCGCAUGCGUAGGCCAGCUGAUGAACACCGUCGGCUGGGUGCUCUUGGGCGUCGCCAGCGAAGACUGUCAGACGUACAUCCCGGGCGUGUUUUGUCUCGCGCUCGGCGCAGACGCGGGAUACCUGCCUUCGCUGAACAUCAGCAACUUGUUUCCCGGCCAAGAGGGGCUGGUGAUUGUCACCAUGAGUGCGGCCAUGUCCGCGUCCUUUUCCGUCCCAACCAUCAUGGACGGGUUCUGGCGAAAUCACCCGGAGCAGUCGUUCUUCUGGAUUUGCGUGACGUACGCGAUAACGGGGACCGGCGUCUGCUUCCUCGUGGCGCUCUUCCUCUUCCCGUCACGGAGCUACAUGUCGCAGGAAGAGUUGAUGCGGGAGUCGCGACAAGGCAGCUCGAGCGCCAACGCACCGGCGAGUACAGAGAGGAACGAGAAGCCCGAGGCCGAGGCACUUACAACCAAGGAGGCGAAGACGGCCUGGGAACCGGUCGACGGCGAACCCGCAGAAGCUGCAGUCGGCAGGGGUAGCGCGCAGCGCCAAGGCGAAGGCGCGCAACUGGCGGCGGGGCUGGAGGCGUCCGCCACCAUCCCGUUCGCCAAGCAGUUGCGGUCGCCCUACUUUUACUGCUUCUACAUCUACUGGCCACUGAAUGCGCUGUUCUACAACUUCUACAUGACGUCCGCAGAGAAUCUGUUCAACGCGCACGUCAACGACGUCCUCGGCAUUCUGGGUCCGCUGUCCAUGGUCCCGGCGAUUCUCCUCGGGAAGCUCGCGGACACUUGGGGAGUCAUGGCGCUCGUCUUGUUCAUCAUUUCCUCGGGCGUCCUCAUGUACGCCUUUGCACUCUCCAGGUUCGUCCCCUGCUACUACGUCAGCGCCGUGUUCUCCUGUCUGUACCUCUCGAAUUUUAGUGGCCAAAUGUACGCGUACAUGAGCGACACUUUCCGCUCGACGGACUUCGGCAAGGUCGUGGGCGUGACCAGCGCAACGGGCGGCCUCCUCUCGCUGCUCCGCAUUCCGCUCCACGACGACUUAACUCUCCACGUUCUCGACGGCGACUACUUCUACACCUGUUUGAUGAUGCUCGGCCUGACCCUCGUAUGCUUGUGCCUCGCCCUGUACCUUUUCUUCCUCAAGCGCCGAUGGCCCAAGGCGUACCUCGCGUGUCCAAAGAACGCCCCAAGCGACCGGGUAGAAGCUGACGAGCAGGUUACCAUUACACUGCACAGCUGA